AUCUGAGGCUUUUCACAAACCUGAGGACGCUGGAUAAUGCAUGGACUGGAACUCAAAAGCAGACAAACUACAUAAGUACAACACGAAAUAAAUAUGAAGGCAGAGCAUGUUUUAAUUUUAUCUCAAGACAAAAACAACCACCCAAGAAAGACAUUAAGCUUAAAAAAAUAACUAAAUAUUGUGGUGUGAAACCAGUGUUUUAUGCAAUUUGUGUAUGAUUUAAAAAAAAAAAAAAAAAGUUUCCCUAAAGUAUAUGUACAUCUGAUUGCCAAAACUACAAGCAAUGCAGCAGCCAGACACUGCAAGCCAGUGUACAGUCUACAAUUACCUUUCUCUAUUGUUUGUGUCUUUGUGCUUGAAAUGUACAGUACCAGUUAAGGAGAGCAGCUGACUGUCUAGGCUACAGUGGCAGUUCAAGAGUUUUGACACUUCACUUUAAUUUCGUUCACGUUUACCGUAUAUUUUCAAAGUGGUUAUAAUGUCUAAAAGAGAGAAAGAGACGGUCUGCUGUCAUGUAUUGGGUGUCUGGCGUACAUUUGGGGGAGGGGGCUCACUGGAAAACAAGGAUGUGAAUUCAUAACGCUGCGAACCAGGAAGACGGACGCGAAACUUAAAUUUCGGUGUGUGCCUAGUAUCUGCGCUUUAUCUUUGGACCGAAGUAAUGUAUUAAACUGUUAAAACAGAAAAUAUUAAACGCGAACGACACCCCCUCCCUUUAAGCAAAGGUCAAAGUUCACAGGAAGCUGGGGGGCUGCCAUUUUUCCCCCUGCUAACAUGUUAGAUGCUAAAAAGGCGAGGAGUGGUGGUCGCUGCUGAGUGCUUCUGUUUAUUGGGUGUUUGCCGUUCGUUUGCGUUUGUCUACCUCUUCUGUCGUAUGCGUUAGGCUCGGUUGUUGAAUGAAGGCGGCAUGGAGAGGACAGAACAGCCGUGGAAUUCCUCCUACACGUACCAGGUGAGCAAACACAGCGCCGAGAUGCUACACAACCUCAACAGCCAGAGAAAAGAUGGAGGCAGGUUUUGUGAUGUUAUCUUGCGCGUCGGAGAGGAGAGCUUCCCCGCGCACAAGGCGGUGCUGGCGGCGUGCAGCGAGUAUUUUGAGUCGGUGUUCAGCUGUCAGGCGGAAGACGACGGCCAGGGCAAGGAGCUGGAGAUGCACACGAUCAGCCCCAAAGUUUUCCGAGACAUCCUGGACUUCGCGUACACCUCUAAGAUCGUGGUGCGUCUGGAGUGCUUCCCGGAGCUUAUGACCGCGGCGAAGUUUCUGCUCAUGCGAUCUGUCAUCGAGAUCUGUCAGGAGGUCAUCAAACAAUCCAACGUGCAGAUCCUCGUGCCUCCUUCCCGAGGAGGCGAGCACAGCCUGUUCAGGGCCGCGGAGCAGCUGUCAUGCCCCCUGCCCGUGGACAUGUCAAACGGGAGCGUGUCCAACGGCGCAGUGUUUACCGACAACAACGACAGCGACAGUGCCGAUCCGACGCAGCCGAGUAACAGCUCUCAGCCGGCAGCUUCCGGAGCACUAGCGGCCGAUCGCUUAGCGGUUUCCCCGCUGGAGUUUCCCAGCAGCCACCUCAAUAGCGACGGCUCCAAGCGAGGCAGAGGGAGACCCAAAAAAGAGCCCACAACAGAGCCGAUCAGUUACAACAACAGCACUGCUCAAAACGAAAACGAGGGGAUUUUCUCGUGCGGGGUUUGUGGUAAGAUGUUUCCCGACGACGUCCAGUUGAGAAACCACGAGACGCAGCACGGGACGUUCACCGGCGGCGUUAGCACCGGAGCGGAGCUGGUCGCUGUGGACGGCCCGACGAUGAUCUCUCAUCCCCAGGCGCGGUUUCAGGAAAACGGACUGCCCGCGGACAACCGUAAACGCGAGAGGACGAGACGACACGUCGCCUGUGAUCUGUGCGGGAAGGUCUUCCGAGACGUCUACCACCUCAACCGGCACAAACUGUCUCAUUCGGGCGAGAAACCGUACGCGUGUCCGGUGUGCGGGCUGCGCUUCAAACGCAAGGACAGGAUGUCUUACCAUGUGCGGUCUCACGACGGCUCGGUGGGUAAACCGUAUGUCUGUCAAAGCUGCGGGAAAGGUUUCUCCAGGCCAGACCAUCUGAAUGGACAUAUUAAACAGGUUCACACCACAGAGAGACCUCACAAGUGUCAGAUUUGCAACGCAUCUUUCGCAACACGAGAUCGCCUGAGGUCGCACCUGGCAUGCCAUGAAGAUAAGAUACCAUGUCAAGUGUGUGGGAAAUUCCUCCGGGCUGCCUACAUGACCGACCACUUGAAAAAACACAGUGAAGGACCUCAUAACUACUGUGGAAUAUGCAACAAAGGUUUUUCUACUGCAUCCUACUUAAAGGUGCACGUAAAAACGCACCACAGCUCGUCCAUGCUCCCUUCCUCUGCAGCACAUCAGUUCCCUGAACCACGCUCCAACAGACCACAGACGCACAACGGCGCCCCCUACCACUCAGGACGCCAGUGUGCAGUGGAAGACCUUUGCACCAGUCGCCGGCUCGUGGUUACCUUUCCCGAGACAGAGGGGUCUUUUCGGGGGCUAACUGGGCCAGUUCUACCCCAGCCCGUCCCUCCGGCCCUGGGCCUGCAGCCCGAGCUGCUCCUGGGCAAGCCAGGUCCAACUCCCUAUUUCUGGGAGUGCCGCUCUUCUGGAGCACCAGGGUUUCCACUUCAUGGACCUCUUACAGACGGGCAGGAGAAUGCUGGGAAAUGCCCCCAUCAGGACUCUGAUGGAUCGGAUGCAGUUUUCGGUGACCUUUCCAACGGAACGGACCUCAAGGCUGAACAGAAAGUAGAGGGAGAAGAAAUGGAGGUGACAUCUUUCAUCUUUAACGGCCAACCUGAGGACGCAGUGACCUCGCCGGGUGGGUCCAAAAACAUCCAAAAAACAGACCAAGAAAAGAAGUUUGCCUGCGGCGACUGCGGCCAGACCUUCCGCACAAAGUCUUACCUCAACAAGCACCAUCAUCGGGUUCAUAAGAAACGUGCUGCGGCCGGGUCUGGUCUCGGUGAUCUCAGCUCACCCUUUUCCCCCCAACAGAAUAUGUCACUUCUUGAAUCCUUUGGCUUUCAGAUCGUCCAGUCAGCCUUUGCUUCCUCACUAGUGGACUCUGAGAUGGGCAGCAGUGGAAUGGGUUUAGGGGAGAAAUGACCCCUUUGAGAUGCAGACAUUUCUUAUAACCUUAUUGGACAACCAAACUUUUCAUAACUGCGAGUUUAGUCUGUUGUCUCAUACUCCUUGAUGCCAUAUGUAGACUACUUUUUGUUUUGUUUUUGGCUUUUCUUACUAUUCUAAUGUUUGUUAAUGUUUUAACUUUGCCAUCAUGGAUGCCAUUUUGAUUCCAUCUUUGUGUGAAGCAGCCAAUCUGUUUAUUCCUCCUUCAACAAAUCCUCAAUUUCAUUGGUCUAUCCUAAAAAAACAAAAAAAACAAACAAAAAAAAUUCAUUGCUUUUGACAUGUAUGUGUUUCACGUGUAUCUCUCAGCUUCCAGAUUGUGGAUUGAGGAUGAUGUUUGCUUUAAAAGACAAACUAAUGCCCCAAACUUUCAGAAUGUACCUCUAGGUUAUUUUUGCCCAGACUUACCUCACUGAAAAAGCAUAACAUUAGCAAGCAUUACAAUUUUAACAGUCUAAACAAAAGUUUUCACAAUCAGAAAACACUGAGACUGUGUAAUUUGCGCAGCUGUUGUUGUCCAAUGACCAUUAACCUACAACACCUAGUUAUAAAACAUAAAUGUUUUAGUCUUUUUCUGUAUGAGUUACUUUAACGAAUAUUUAAAUGAUUUUAAAUCCUUUAAAACUUCAGGCUAAAUAAUAGCUGUUAACUCAGUCAUUUUUGUGGUGUUGCUUUGUUUAUCAUUGGUAGUUCUGAGACAGAUUGUUUUGGGUCAUAAAAAGCGUGUCGGUUUUUAAUGUCCAACAGGGACCAAUUUCAGGUUUCACUGUAAGAUAUUGCAAGAAGCAAAGAAUAUAUUUUAUUAACUUAUUGAUACCGGUGUCCAAGUCUCCUUUACGCAAAGGUAUAUAUUGAGUUUUGUUGCGACGUGCUAUUUUCUUGAAUCAUGCAGCCGACAGAAGGACAGCACGAGAGUGAUGACAUGUAUGUAUGAGUACACGUUUGUAUGCUGCGGUCUCUCCAAUGUCCUUUAUCUCUAGAAUGUAAUAUAAACAGAGGGCUUUUUAAUCUUUUUUUAAUAUAUCAGAGUUUUUCUAAGUGGUUCAGUACAUUCCUGCUUAAUUUAAAGUCUUGUCACUAUACAUGACGUGUAACAUUCAUAUAUAUAUAUAUAUAAAACAAAUAUGUAUAUAUGUAUGGCCAAUUAUAUGAGUUUAUGUAAACGGGGUCCUUGUAUAUAGAUAUUUUCCUUGGCCUUGUUGAAUGAAUGGAUCUUUCUUUUCGUUCUUCGUUGUUUUUUUUGUUUUUGUUUUUUUUGGAGAGUAAGUUUUAACAGAAUUGUUUUAAGUUGUUUUCUGACAAAUCCAUCAUUUUGUUGUGUCUUUAUUAUUAUGCAAGUAUUUGAGUGUGUGUUUGGUGUUACCCUGUUCCUCUUACUCUAAAUGCAGUGUUAAUGCUGGUUAUGUUUCCUUUUAUUUUACCCUGCAGGUUAUUAGUAUAGUGUACCACGAACAUAUUUGGAAUGGCAGUUUGUACAAUGUUGCCCGAGGUCUUGCAAGCGGUCACUCAUGAUUGAAGCCACGAAUGACAUAAUGUACACACCUUUAUGUUAUUACCUUAUGUACUUCUUUGAAUUGUUUGUGGAGCCGUAAAAUCUGACGCGGGCUCAUCUGAGCUGUGGAAAACCUGCAGGUUUUUUGCUUCAGCUUACUUAUUUGACUAAUCAUUGCUAAUAUCAGAUCAUAACAUCUGUUAAUUGAUUGCAGUUUUACAAUUCUAAUAGUAACAAUCAUUGUCUGCCCAGUAAGUGUGAUCUGAAUAUUUGCAGCCCUUAUUUAUUUACAAAUUUUAAGCUGUAGGGAAUUCUUCACUUUUUUUAUUGUUGUUAUUUGUCUUGUAUGGUGUUCUGGCUUAUUACAUCACUGGAAAUGUUUGUUUGUUUGUUUUCUUGCUUAUCUAUUUGUAUAUUUGUAUGUUGCAAAGUGCCUUCCCAGUACUGAUUGUGAACAGCGAUGGGUAGGAAAAAUCUGUCAUUUAAAGGACCUAUCUUAUAAAAACCAUAUACAAACAGAGUUGCAUUGACACUUUUGUAUAAAGACAUGCACAUAGAAAGGUGUACAUUUGUACGUUUGGUAUUCUACCUUUUUUGUUUUCUGACAAAAUGUUGUUUCUCUGCAAUUUAUGUCACAACGUUGAUCAAUUUUUGGACAUUUGGAUAUAAGCAUACUUUUCUAUUGAUGUUUGUUUUUGUACACUGUUUUUUGUGUCUCUGUCUAUUUGGUACAGAGAUGGGUAUAAAAUAAAAUUGUAUUUGAGAA